AUGGAGCUUCGUCCUACAAGAGGCCGUUUGUUGCGAAUAAUGUUCCGAGCAAAAACGUAACGCAUACUCACAUCAUUUCAAGUCAUGGACGUGCUGCUGGUCUGCGCAAGUUUAGUACUCACCAUAACUAUCACGUGGCUCAUAGCGGCGUUUAUAGCAAGGCUGGUGCGCUCUACGGAGAAGAAUAGUUCCCUCAAGACGCCACCUGGGCCACCGUCUUGGCCUUUACUUGGAAAACUGAGCUUGUCAUCCUACACCUUACCGCUGAAGGACUCUGUUGAGUGGUCAAAGAAAUACGGCCCCGUUGUUAGCCUGAAACAAGGAUCUGUGGACAUCGUGAUCCUUAGUGACAAUCAGCAGAUAAAGAAAACGCUCUCCAGGCCGGAGCUCCAAGAUCGGCCAACAACCUGGGGUCUUAGCUCCGUUCAGAAAGGGUUUUCAACAUUCAAUGGACAAAAUGGAAGGAAAACAGAGACUUCACGAUGCGAGCAUUGGCGAAGCUUGGAGGAGGAAUGAGAUCAUGAGACAGCACAUACAGUUUGAAGCCAUGCACCUAGCCGACACUUUGGGUUCGCACCAUGGUCGUCCAGUGGCGAGCUUCUUGUACACGCAUAGAAGCCACAUCAACUCUAUAUGCCAGUUCCUGCUGGGAUACCGCUACGAUUUGAACGAUCCGCGGUUCGCACCCCUUCAGGAAGCUCUGUGUAGCUUCAAGCUACAAACAGCAGCUGCACCCAUAGAACACCGGGCUGCUUGGUUGCGGCGUGUGCUGAUCGAGCCUCUGUUGCCCAGAUGUGUCAGCGCAAAUCGCCGCCGUAAAAUAUCCAAGCUCAACAUCGUGCUCAGAGAAUUCGUAGAGAGGAACAAUAGGACAAAGAGCAGUGGGCGCGCGACAAGCUACAUCGAGUUGUACAUGGAUAAGAUCCGUGAAGCAAAGAAUCCUGACGAAGGAUAUUUCACAGAGGAUACUCUUGUCGGAAACAUGGUCGACAUUAUGAUGGGUGCGGCCACUAGCGGCAACUUUUACCUUCACUGGCACCUGCUCAAUGUUGCCAGCCACCCUACCACGCUACAAGCUGAUCUACAACAAGAGAUUGACACUGUGGUAGGCAGUGAUCGCUCACCACACUGGGAGGACCACACGCGCAUGCCACUCACCAUGGCUACAAUAUGGGAGAUGUUCCGCUGGAAACUGGCUACACCAUUCAACAUACCUCGCGCGGUGAGAGAAGAUACGAACAUAAACGGCUACGAUGUCGGAAAGGGCACCGUGGUAUUUUCAAAUCUGAUGACAGCCCACAGAGACCGUCAGUUAUGGGAAAAUCCGGAAUUUGACCCUUCGCGGUUUUUGAAUGCUGACGACAAAGCAAAGACAACUAGGCCGGAUGGUUUGCUUUCUUUUUCUGUGGGGAGAAGGACGUGCCCGGGAGAGAACAUGGCGAUGGUAGAGAUGUUCUUAUACCUGACUACGCUUCUGCAGCAGUUCCAUAUACUUCUCGAAGACAACAAGCCAAUCAUCAUGACCCCCUUUGGGCAAGGAUUCUUUGAGUGA